AUGUUUCUCAACACCUUGACACCCAAGUUCUACGUGGCUCUGACGGGCACUUCCUCCCUCAUAUCAGGACUCAUAUUGUUAAUGAAGGAGUUCCCUCUCCUCAGUAUGUUCAACAUCCACGAGAACCUGCUGGAGUCACUGCUGGAGCUCCAGAACUACGCCGACGUCCAGGCCGUACUGGCCAAGUACGACGAUAUUAGCUUACCCAAAUCUGCAACAAUAUGCUACACAGCAGCCUUGCUCAAAGCCAGGGCGGUAUCGGACAAGUUCUCUCCAGAGGCAGCGUCCAGGCGAGGGCUGAGCACAGCAGAGAUGAAUGCAGUAGAAGCCAUCCACAGAGCGGUGGAGUUCAACCCUCACGUCCCCAAAUAUCUGCUGGAGAUGAAGAGUCUGAUUCUUCCUCCAGAACACAUCCUGAAGCGAGGCGACAGCGAGGCCAUCGCCUACGCCUUCUUCCACCUGCAGCACUGGAAAAGGGUGGAGGGGGCGCUCAACCUGCUACACUGCACCUGGGAAGGAACAUUCAGAAUGAUCCCAUAUCCUCUGGAGAAGGGUCACCUGUUCUAUCCUUACCCCAUCUGCACAGAGACGGCAGACAGAGAGCUGCUACCCAUGUUUCACGAGGUGUCAGUCUACCCGAAGAAGGAGCUGCCCUUCUUCAUCCUCUUCACAGCCGGUCUCUGCUCCUUCACCGCUAUGCUGGCUCUGCUCACACACCAGUUCCCCGAACUCAUGGGAGUGUUUGCUAAAGCUUUCCUCAGCACGUUGUUUGCUCCUCUGAACUUCAUCAUGGAGAAAGUGGAGAGCAUCCUGCCGUCCAGCCUCUGGCACCAACUCACCCGCAUCUGACCCCCGAACCGACCGACCGACCGGACCAGAAUCAGACCCGUGACGGGGAGCUGACCUCCAUCCAGACAGAAACAGCUGAACUGAAACCCAGAACGCUGCGUUGGACUGGACUGACACACCUUUGUGCCAAGAUUACCGAGUUCAAACCAAACUGAGAACAGACAACGUGGAAGAAGAAGAGGAGGAAGAGGAGGAGGAGGCAUGAAACAAAAAAAGGCAAAACAACGGGAAUCAGAAUUGGUUUUGACUUUAUUUGAUAUGUUUGCAUUUUUUUGGGUUUUCAAUUAUUUAAAGCUGUUCUUUUGUUGUACAAAAAAAAAAGAGGUGAUCAAUUGCCAUCAUUAAAAAAGUGAAAAGACAAAAAAAUACAAUAAAGGACUUUUUGUGUAUUGCUGCAA